AUGUCUUCAGACGAGGCUCAAGGGUAUCCUGUUCGCCGAAACAACUCCUGCAGCGCGGGAGAGUCAGUGUGUGGUCGGACGUGGGGAACUUUCUAUGCCUGCUGCCCCGGAAGUUCUCAAUGCUUAGACUCGCAUUCCACCAAGAUCAAUAAUUUUAUUUGCUGUCGUGACACUCUGAACUGCACAGGACUUCUUGCGGAUACCCCGACUUGCGCGAAUACAAGCUGGGAUCUUUACAAUUCGACGGGUUAUUUCUGUUGUGAGCCCAAUCAUGCCGGGUUUUCUGUCCAAGGCACUGUUUCGGUCGGUUGUGUCGACCCAGGUGCCGCUCGCAAUUUAUCUUAUAGUGCAUUAAAACCUAGUUCUACCGGUACUUCUUCCACCACUCCAACUUCCACGCCUACUAGUAUCCCCACAUCAUCUUUAGGCGCCGGGUCUAGUACCUCAGGCCACUCAUCACGAACCAAUGCAGGAGCCAUAGGCGGUGGUGUGGCCGGUGGCGUUGUCGGGGCAGCCGCAAUUAUUGCAGCUCUCUACCUUCUGAUUCGCUAUCGGAAACGACAACAGCCACGGCAGCAAUCGCAGUCUCACGCCCUUCCUUCAUCAUUGCCUGGGUAUGCGCUUGAGAAAGCCGCUUCCCAACCGAAAGAAUUGGGUAAUGGGCACAUGCCAGCGGAAUUAUCAGAUCAUUCAGUCAACAAACGACAUGAGCUGCCAAGCUGA